CGAUCCGAUAGACCUUACUUUAAGCUGUGCUUUUGGACCUGGAACACACCCACAAAUCAAGAAAAUAACAUGAACCGCUGGCUAAAUCGCGUUGCUGUUGUCACCGGGGCCAGUUCUGGGAUCGGUGCAGCCUGCUGCAAAGAUCUAGUAUCCAAAGGAAUGAUCGUCGUGGGAUUGGCGCGACGGGAGCAUCGCCUGCAGGAGUUAAAGUCUUCUCUGCCAGUCGAUCAAGUGGCUAAUUUUCAUGGCCGCAAGUGCGACGUCGGUGUAGAACAGGAGGUAAUUGACGCCUUUGUUUGGAUCGAACAGACUUUGGGCGGGGCCGACGUACUAAUCAACAAUGCCGGCAUAGUACGUAGGACUAACAUUACUGAUGAGGGCAACUCGGAAGCUCUUCGUGCUAUAUUGGACACUAAUUUGCUCGGCGUUUCCUGGUGUACACGAGAAGCGUUUCUUUCGCUUCAGCGGAGAAAAGUGAACGAUGGCCAUGUGGUGCUGAUCAACAGCCUGGCCGGGCAUAUUGUUCCAAUGGUGGAUGGGAUUCAGUUCAAUAUGUAUGCGCCUUCGAAGCAUGCUAUAACCGCGUUAACAGAAGUCCUUCGACAAGAAUUCAUCAAUAAAGGAACCAAGACGAAGAUUACUAGUAUCAGUCCUGGUGUUGUGGACACAGAAAUCUUCGACAAGAAUUCCCCGGAGCUGGCCAACUCCAUGCCAAUGCUGAGAGCGGAGGAUGUGGCCGAUGCAGUGACCUAUUGCAUCCAAACACCGCCAAAUGUGCAGAUUCAUGAACUCACAAUCAAGCCCGUUGGUGAAAGAUUUUAAGGAUUAACAUUUUACAAGUCGCGAAUUUAUUUUUAUAUAAACAAAAUAGGGUAUACAAAUGCCCAUAAUACCGGUUGACAAGCAACAAGUCUUCAAAUACCAUCAA